AGUAGAAUGCGUUCGUGUGUAGGAAAUGUUAUUUUGCAUCACCAUCCUCGACGCAAAGUGUAGUGUCAUUCAUUGAAAGUGAUUAAAAUUUCUUUAGUUUUCGAGAAUACUUGGAGAGAAAUGGCUCUUUUGAGUGAAAAUCCACGCAGAUCGUUGCCAGACUAUGAAACAGAAGCUGCGAAAAUGAAAAGUUUCAGCCCGUACGCUGAUAACGGAGGAAGCGUUAUAGCCCUCGCUGGAGACGACUUCUGUGUGAUAGCAGCAGACACGCGUCUCAGCACGGGAUACUCCAUUUAUACCCGUGAACAACAGAAAUUAUUCACCUUAUCAAACACAACUAUCUUAGGGUGUUCCGGAUGUUGGUGUGAUACACUCACUUUAACUCGACUCCUAUCAGCUCGAAUGCAGAUGUAUCAACAUGAACACCAGAAAGAAAUGACAACACCAGCAGUAGCACAAAUGUUGUCAACAAUGUUAUACUAUAAACGUUUCUUUCCCUAUUAUGUUAGUAAUAUUGUCGGUGGAAUAAAUGAUGAAGGUAAAGGAUGUGUAUACAGUUAUGAUCCAAUUGGCCAUUGCGAACUGACAAAAUAUAGAGCAGGUGGCUCUGCUGGUGCACUUUUGCAACCUCUUCUUGAUAACCAGAUUGGUUACAAAAAUCAAGAAGGCGUCGAACACGCUCCUUUGACCCAAGAAAAAGCUAUUGCUGUAAUAAAAGAUGUUUUCAUUUCAGCAGCAGAAAGAGAUAUUUAUACAGGUGACUCUAUAAGCAUUAAAGUUGUAACGAAAGAUGGUAUACAAGAUUUAAGUUUUGCAUUGAGGAGAGAUUAAAUUUUCAUAUUGGAUUAAAAUGAUGUAUCACCAGAUUUCUGUACGAAUAAAGUUAACUCUAAAUCGUAUAAUUAAUAUUUAUUUAGUAAUUCCUUAUUUUUAUAUACAACUACUGUGAUGUAUGUUGAAAUAUCGUUACACUAUAAAUUAAUACUUUAAUCGCUAUGCAAAUAUUUCGACGUAUGAUGUUCAUGUGUGGAUGCGUGUAUAAAAAUUCUAUUUGUUUAACAAUGAAAACAUUAAACUACUACUGUCGAAUCGCUGAUUCAUGUACAUACACAUAUCGACAAUCUUAUACCUCUACUUGCAUUAAUACUAUAUCGUUUAACCUACGUUAAUCAAACUUCGAAAAACCGAGAAAUAAAUAUGUAAUAGAAUCCAGUACAUUUAAAUUUGUAACGAAAUCAUACACAAAGAUACUUGAUUUUUGUUUGCAGUUUUCACAUUGAUAGUUUUUUUUCUUUUUAUGUUAGAUACAAACAUACUCCUUGCAUUUCAUACUUGAAGGCAUAUUAUAAUAAUCUAUUUUACAAUACACAAUAAUAUAUUUAAUAAAAUAAUAUUUUAUUUAAAGUAUA